CGAGGAGAACGCCGGUGAGAGGCGGCGCCUUGGUCGGCCGCGGCGCUAGUUAUGGCCUCACAUGUAGGCCGUGGCGGCGUCCGAGACGGCCUGGACUGAUCUGCGGAGCCGCAAAGGGCCCACCUUGACCGAGGGGCGUAACAAACACUGCGGGCAGUGUUGGAAGAUGGCGCUGAGCAAUGUGUCCCUGUCGGCCGGCGAUCAAAGGACCGGGGUGGCCUACCGCGCGUCCCGCGGCGACCUCAGCCCGUCGGCCUUAGCGCUGGCGAUGGUCUCCGGAGACAGCUUCCUCGUUGCCAGGCCCGCGGCUAUUCUUCCAGGGCCCACUCCUCGGCAGGCCCUGCGGCCGAGCGCUCGUAGCGAGAGCCGUCGGACGAGUGGGGGCGGCCGGAGCCCGACCCGCCUUAUAACGGGAAGGGACCCUGAUGGACGGAACCGGAGCCGCCAGACCAGAUUCUCGCCGUAUCCGACCCCCGGGGUUAAACUGGAUCUCCUGAGGAGCCUGCUGCAACAGCGGCUGAUGGCCAUCGGAAGUGUCAUCGCAGCCCGCCUCUCGGCUUAGUGCCUCCCCCUGCCCCUCGACUCGCUUGUAAACGAGGCCUCUCUAAAACCCUUGGUGCCUGGGCGGUCUUAUUUUCAUUUUAAUGUAGAAACGCGUCGGAGUCCUGUUAAUACGGCUUAGCACAGAGGAAACGUCUCCUUACUGCUGGAUUCCGAGGGUUUUAGGCGGCCAGAGUGAUUCAAUCAGGAGGGAGGGAGAAGAGAUCUUCUUAGUCGCAGAGCUGAACCACCCUUCCCGGAGGUCGGCGAUCAUUUUUUCACCCCUUGUGCGCUCCAUCCCGACAGUGGACCCAAAUUUCUCUGCUUUCCGCGAACCGUAUCUCCCACCCUGGCAGAUUCUCCGACUUGUAAUUGGAAACGGCCUAGCUCUCUACCCCAGACUGUUGCCAUUACGUUUACUUCUGUUGGUGACAAGGAAAUGCCUCUUUUUACUACCCUGGCCUAUUCUUGCAUAGGGACUGAGGCUUAUCCAGUCCUCUUGUCUUUAUCCCUUUUCCGUCUCCCUCCACUUCUUCUUCAGGCAUAUCUACAAACUCCAAUCUCAGUCGUACUAAAAACAAAAGUAAACCUGAACUUUGCUGCUUUUUCACAUUA